AUUGGCUGCAGAAAGUCAACAUGCUAUCGUGACAUUUCUUAGGGGGAAAGCGGCACUAUAGACAGCGGUGUCGAGAUGUCCAAAGGUGCCGGUCCCGGGCCAGACUCUGACACAGCGGACGAGGCUGUAAGAGGGACCUGUGACGAUGCCUCCAUAUGUAAGAGGUUUGCAGUCAGUAGCGGCUACUGGAAAGACCCAUACAUUCAGUACUUUGUGCGACAGGCAAAAGAACGCAAAGCACCAGAGAUCAACAGAGGGUACUACGCACGGGUUCAAGGGGUUAAUUUGUUGCUGAAUGCCUUCCUGAGGAAGACAGAGUGCAACUGUCAGAUCAUUAAUCUGGGUGCUGGACUGGACACAACCUUCUGGAGAUUAAAGGAUGAAAAUCUUCUUCCAAAAAAGUAUUUUGAAGUGGACUUUCCUGCCAUAGUAGCCAGAAAGCUGUAUAAUAUAAAAUCUAAACCUCCGCUAUCCAAGCCGAUAAUGGAAACCCAUUCCGGGGAGUCUUUAUUGCUAGAUGCCCACAGUUUGGAUUCGGCAAGAUAUUCCAUCAUAGGGGCAGAUCUUAGAAACCUAAAAGAUAUGGAAGAGAAGUUGAAGAAGAUGAGUAUGGACCCACAGCUGCCGACGCUUCUUGUUUCAGAGUGUGUACUGGUGUAUAUGACUCCUGAGCAGUCGGCAAGUCUCUUACAGUGGGCCACAAACACGUUUCCCACAGCCAUGUUAAUUAACUAUGAGCAGGUAACUAUGGAAUCACUAUCCCAUGAAACUCUUCUGCUUGAAAACAACUUGUUAGAGUGGAUAAAUCAACUGCUAAUUACAUGGGGUUUUUUUUGUAAUCAGGUUAAUAUGAUGGAUCGGUUUGGCCAAAUAAUGGUGGAGAAUCUACAGCGGAGGCAGUGUAAUCUGGCCGGAGUAGACACUUGCCAGUCGUUACAGUCACAGACCGAGCGAUUCUUGUCCACCGGCUGGGAAUCGGCAGAUGCUUGGAAUAUGAUGAACGUGUACAGCAACUUACCCCAAGAAGAUGUGAUGAGGAUCGAGAAACUGGAGUUCUUAGACGAGAAGGAGCUCUUGGAACAGUUGCUGCUACAUUACUGCAUCAGCUGGGCUACUAAAGAUUCUCUUGGGCUGGGUCUUGCUGGGAUCACAUUUUGAACUGCUUGCCUCAUUCCUUCAGGUGGCGCUAUGUCCAGUCCAGGAGGAGCAAGAAGAAUCCAGACUGCCGCCCAUACCAGGAGUUUUACCCCCAAUUAUCAGAACUGAUCCAAUCUGUGCCAAUGGUUACACUCGGUGAUUGUUCCAUUUUAAAUAAAUAACAUACUUUGCAACUUU